UGAGGUCAGUGAGAUGAAAAAGAUCAUCACUCAGCUGGUGGAGAAGAACAGUGAGAGGAAGAAGACUGAUACACAAGUGCGUGAAAACAAAGAACUAUGACUUCUCAGACCAAAGUCGUGAUGCUUCUUAUUCUCGCCACAGCAGGAGCAGCUUUGGAUCUGCCAGUAAAGAACUGCCCAACUGGAUGGACCUUCUAUUCUGGUCGCUGCUACUUGUACAAUGCUGCCAGACUGGAUUGGGCUUCUGCAGAGAAAUUCUGUCAGGAUUUUGAUGCACACUUGGUCUCAAUACACAGCGAGAAUGAAUAUCAGCAGAUAAAGGCUCUUAUCCGUAGUUUUGACCCCACGGAGAAUCCAACAUACAUCGGCCUCAUUGACUGUCAGAAGGCUUAUCAAUUCUUUUGGUCUGAUGGCACCAAAUUGACUUUCACCAAGUGGACUCCAGGAGAGCCAAAUAAUUAUAACAACAAAGAGUGCUGUGUAAACAUGAACUGGCCUUCUUCUUACACCUCUGCUAAAAACUGGAAUGAUAUUCCUUGUGAGAACCGCUAUGCCUCUGUGUGUGCCAAGGAAAGUUACUGAAACGCUUCCUACUGCAUCUCACCAAACAUCACUGAUGAAUUUAUAAAAUAAUUCUGUGGCAGACUUCCAUAACUUCAGCAAUAAAAAAAAUCUAAAAAAAAUAUUAUUUGUUGUGUAUGU